ACUAUCGAAUAUCUGUAAACAAACGCAACUGAUAACACGACACUGCCAUGUGUCUUUUGAGUCACUUCAAUUUUAAAAGCCUUCUAAAUUGUGAAUUUGGGUAAUAAUUGUUUGUGUUCGAGCCUGAAUUAACAUUAAAGCGCACUAUGACUAGCACUAAUAGUCAAUACAAAACAAUUCACCCAGUCCGGUACUAUCGAGAAUACCUGAGUCACAAUAUUAGACCAGAUGGAAGAAGUUUACAGCAAUUUCGUCCGAUUUCAAUAAAUAUCGGUUCUCUGAAAAAUGCUGAUGGGUCUGCUGUGAUCAAACUGGGUAACACAUCUGUUGUAUGCGGUGUCAAAGCUGAGCUUUUCACACCAAAAGCUGAAGAACCAGAUGUAGGUUGUGUGGUCGUCAAUGUUGAGCUACCGCCAAUGUGCUCCGGCAAGGUCCGACCAGGUCCUCCAAGCGACCAGGCGCAACUCGUCUCAAGUUUCAUCAAUGAGUUGGUUAUGAAGUCAGACAUAGUCGAUUUGAAGCAACUGUGUAUAGUCCCAACAAAACUUGCUUGGGUACUUUUUUGUGAUAUAAUUUGUCUUAAUAAUGAUGGAGGACUUACUGAUGCUUGUGUCACAGCUCUUGUCGGAGCUCUCAAAUCAGUGCAUUUACCUGAAGCUAGUUACGAAGCAGAUGUCUCUAAAACCAAUAUCGACAUUGAAAAGAAGCAUCCUCUGACAGGAAUAAAAAACAUUGCUGCUACCACAUUCGCUAUCUUUGAUGAUGAAAUUCUUUUAGCUGAUCCAAAUGAUGAAGAAGAGGAAAUAAGUUCCGGUAUACUCACGAUUGUCACUGAUAGCCAACAGCUUUUCUCAGUCCAUAAACCAGGUGGCUGUCCUCUGUCUGACGAAAUUACACAGAAGUGCCUGAAAAAGUCCAAAGACCGCGCUGUCCAAAUAAAUGAACUGAUUUCAAGUUGCGAAAAGAAAGCUGAGUAAGAAAACGUCCAGACUGUAAAAUGUUCAAUGUAAAUAUGCAUGUCAUGUGUGUAAAUUAAUUUUUAUGGUAAUUUUGUAAAAAAUAUAAAGAAAUAAAAAAAAAAAAAAAA